UCAGUGUUGUUCAUCUAACAACAUGAAGCUGCUUUCAGUGCUAACCCUUGGGGCUGUGCUUCUUCUGCUGUCAGGCAACACCUCUUCUGGUCAAUAUGCCUGUGAACUGCCUCCAGAUGUAUGCAAAACAUUUGGAAGUGGAUCUAUCAAAACCUUCAAUGGCUCCUAUUUUUAUGUGAAAUCAACUUGCCCAUUUACUUUCAGCAAAAAGGGUACAGACUAUGACAUACAAAUACAAAGAGAUGAGGAUGGUAUUCUGCUCAAAGUUAUCAUUUUUCUUAAUGGUAUAGUAACCACUUUGGAAAAUGGUCAAAUAAAUGUUCAAGGGUCAAAUGUUCAUCUUCCUUAUGACCACAAAUAUCUGCAUAUCCAUAAGUACGGCAUCUACACUAAACUGGAGAGCAGAAUAAUGAAGCUAUCAGUCUUUUGGUAUGAUGAGGAUGGAUAUAUCAGUUCCCUUUGGCUGGAACUAGAUCAAAACCGUCGUGGGGAAACAGAUGGUUUGUGUGGUAGAUAUAAUACUCCAGAUGACAGCAAGAAAUUGAUUUCUGACUCUCAGAUUUCUAAUGGAAAUCAAUGUGAAACCAAGGAUGAAAACACAGACUGUGACAAGAAGGACUGUACUACAACUAUAUCACAUUUUCUGUUUGAUUGUGUGGAUAAUCCUGAAAUGUUUUUUGACCUUUGUUUAAACAAUGCUUGUACUACCAAAAACAAAACCAAAUUUGAAUGUGCAGUUUAUGAAGAAAUAGCACAAUUUUGUACAGAAGAAGAUGAAAAAUGGAGGCGUUACACAGGGUGUGUUGAACCAACUUGUCCAGGAGAUCUAAUAUUUAACAAAAAUGAAAAAGCCUUCAUGGAAACCUGCUCUAAUCCUGUGUUACCAUCUGAUGUACCAUAUACAAAGACUUGUAUAUGUCCAACUGGAAAAGUCCUUAACGAUCUUGAAGGAAUAAACCAGUGUGUGGAACUGCAGGACUGUCCCUGUGUAUACGCUGGAAAGGUGUAUCCUGCUGGUUAUAACCUUGAAACAAAGUGCCAGAAAUGUGUUUGCAAAGAUGGGAAAUGGGGUUGCUCUCAGAAAAAAUGCCCUUCAAGAUGCAAAAUUGAAGGCAUAUUUGUAACUACAUUUGAUGGCAAAAACUACAGAAUUCCAGGAAAAUGCCAAUAUUUUGUUGCUCAGGGGCUUAACUGGUCUCUUACUGUUGAGUUUCCAGAGAAUCAAAUUUACUUAAGCAGCAUUAAACUUGAACUUUACAAGGAACUCUAUGAAUUCUCCAUAUCAGACAAAAACAAUCUUAAAAAAUAUGAAUUCUACCAAUCAGAACAUCUCAGAACUUUCCGACAGACUUCAAUGUACAUUCAAGUACAGACGUCUUUUGGACUGAAGAUGCAAAUUCAGGUGUCUCCUUUAAUGCAGCUAUACCUAACAUUACCUGAAAAACUCAAAGGGACAACAAAAGGUCUAUGUGGGAACUACAACGAUGACAUUAGAGAUGAAUUUACUUCAAGCAGCGGUAUCGUAGAAAAUUCUGUUGAUGAGUUUGCUAAUUCCUGGAUGGCAAGAACCUGUGAAGACAAGAUACCAAAGAUUUGCACAAAUACACAAAAUGACUUAUAUGGAAAAGAAAACUGUGACUAUAUCAAGGACCCUACAGGGCCAUUUGCUAAGUGCCAUGAUUAUGUGCAGUAUGACAGCUAUAUCAGGACCUGUGAAGAAAGUGUGUGUCAGUGUGCUGAAAAUGUUCAAGAUUGCUUGUGUACUGCUCUUGGUAACUAUGCCAAAGCCUGUGCUGCCCAGGGAAUAAUUGUGCAAGACUGGAGAAAGGAUGAUUGCAUUGUGUCAUGUCCCAAGAACCAGAAAUUUGAAUACAUCAUGACGCCCUGCAAUCGUACCUGCCGCUCCCUCUCUGUGUACGACUUUACGUGUGAAAUGGAAGACGGCCCUGUGGAGGGGUGUGGAUGUUCAGAAGGCUCCCACAUGGACGAUGAACAGACCUGUACAUCAACAUUUCAAUGUCCGUGUUACCAUGGAAAUGACAUUUAUAAGCGGGGGACAUUUGAUAUCGCUGGAUAUCAAUCCUGCAAUUGUGAAGAUGGGAGACUUAAAUGUAAUCAAAAACAAAGGAGGACAAUGAGCCCAAAUGUCCCUUUGCUGAAGACUGGAGGCAUUGAAGCAUCUGCAAGGAGCUGUGACCAGAAGGUGGUCAGUGGGAACCCUAGUGCCCACUAG